UUGAAGCGAAAUGUCAAAUGAUUGGCUCAAUCUUUUUGUCCACCAAGGCAAAGAGUUUCUAGACAGCGUUUCAAAGCCUCGUGUUUCACAAGGAAGUGAAUCAAUGUCAUCCACAAAUUCUACAAUGCAUCAAAAUGAUGGAGAUAACGUUAGUGCUAGUGCACUCUCAUUACAGUCUUUACUGGCUACGAAUGAUGGAGGAACCUCUAUUGCCGAUGGCAGAAAGAUAGAGAAGAGUAGUAGCGAAAUAAAACCCGUAGACUCUGCUUCAGUAGGAGCAAUUUCAAGCGAAGGUGGGAAUGUUGGUAAAGUACCAUUAAGCCAAGGUGAAAAGGAAAUUUACGAGACUCAGUUGGAACAGCUUCAAGAACAAUUGGUUGAUGUCAUGAUAAAAAAUCAGGAAAUGGGUGAUGAACUGUCAGUUCUGCGAGCAAGUGAUGUUUUCAAGGUUAGAAAGGAGUUAGAGAGAGAACAAAUAAAAUGUCAACAACUCAAGCUCAAAUUGAAGAAAUUUAAAGAACAAGAGAAUGACUUCCUUCCAAAGCUCAAAAAAAGGAGAAAACCUUUGCUCAAAGAGGAUGAAUCAUCCGGUAUUGAUGAUAAAAAAACAUCUCCGGAAGUUAAAGAUAAUGUUGAUGAGACAUAUUCCAAUGAAGAUUUGCCAGCAAUUAGGACUCGUACUUCAAGAUUUAGACACUGUUUAUAUACAUUGUACUUGUCAGUGACGCAGAAACUAACCUUGACUUUUUGGAAUAUUGUCUCUGAUUUAUCUAAUGAUGACACUUCAGUUGAAAGAUCCGUUGAAGAAGAUGGUCCUCCAUUGGCUAUUAAAACGUUAAAGGAUAACAUCAGCAGAUUUUCAAAGGGCCUGAAGCCUAUUCAAGAAUUCUCUGAUAAAGUCAACUGGGUCUUGUCAUGGAAGAAUCCAGCUGCAACUUUGUUGAUACUUUUGGUGUAUUGGUUUUCAUUUUGGCAUGGAUUGACGGUUUCUAUCAUUUUGUUUUUUCUUAUUGUUCAACUUUCUGCCAACUUUAUCCACCACAGGUUUGGAACAAUUUCUGAAAAGAAAAACAGAGAAGAUGAACAUCAAUCAUGGAGCGACAAAUUUCAAAUUGUUCUACAUGUGGCAAGAAAAGUUCAGAAUGUGUUGGGCGACUUGUCUGAUUACUUGGAAAAAUUUAAAAACCUUGUGAUGUGGGAAGUACCCAGUAUUACUCUAAAGCUGUAUAUCGUUUUAUGGUUCAUCUUUUUACUGUCAAUACUGCUCAGUGGACCACAGCUCUUCAUGAUUAUUGGCAUGUUCCUCGGUUGGAAGUUAUUCAUAGUCAAUCCACUUUAUGCACGAUUUCCAAAGCUCAAGAAACGAUACGAUACGACUCAUCGCUUGUGGCUACAGUUACCUGUAGAUAAUAAACUAAACAAUGACGUUUAUCGAAAUGCGCUUCUUGAAUUUGAGAUUGUUGAAGGUGAACAAGUCUCCGAUGUGCCUUUUAUUUCAGAGACUUUUUCUCUUAAUUCCAAACUGUUUUGUGAACGAUAUAAAAUAGCGAGCGACGAAAUUCUCGUUAAAGGUUGGGAAGAAGGGUGGCGAGCAAGUUUAAUGGAUAAACAAAAGCCGCUGGUCAAUAUGAAACAUGGACAUCUUUACCUUACCCAAAAUUAUCUUUGUUUUGAACGCUCGCGAACAAACAUAACGAAAAAUAUCCUCAUGAAGCUUUCGGAUAUAAAACGUCUAAACAAGUAUAAACCUUUGUUCCUCUUGCCUGGUAGUGGUAUGUCUAUUGAAGUUGUUGUUAAGGACAAGGAUGAGCCGUAUAUUUUUGGUGCCUUGAUUGGUCGUGAUGAAGCGUACAAUAAUAUUAUACAAAUGGGAAAAUUAGCUGGAUUAUCUUGGGCAUUAACUCUCAACUAAUGGAUCACAUUUGACAUGAUAAAUCUAUAUCCGAUUAAUCCUAUGCGAAAUCAUUACUUUAUGUAAGUCUGUAAACUGAAUGGUUUUUUCUAUGCUCACGGCUCGCCAUUUCCAAUAUUUUCACCACAACAGCUUUGCAGCGCUUUUAUAAAACUGAUGUAGAGAUACAAUAAUUACGUCAUCACAAAAACAGCGCAGACCGUGAAAGAAACAUGAUCUCAUGUAUGUGCCUGUGCGCAUUUAGUUUUGCAUACAGUGUAAAUGUUCACACAACAGAAUGUGCUCGUAAAUUGAAAUUAUCUCGACUGUGUAUAACAUAAUAACACUGGAUUUGCGACUGAGUUAGAUAGCUGGAGUCUCGCUCAUGAGAAGGUAUUUUUUCUGUUCCUGUGCAAUUGGAAAUUUGGUAUUACACCGGAAAUUUGUCUCGUCGGAACAGAGUUGUAUCAACAAUAGUGACCUAUCAAACAAAUUAUAUCAUUUUCGGUUUCAAAUUUUAACCGUCGAUGUGUUAAAUCACGUUAAUUUCUGUUGACUAAAGAUUUACCGUUUUUGUGUCACAUUGUA